GGCCUCAGAAGCCUUUAACUACACGGUUGGGAGGUCCCUUGGCUGAUAGCUGGUUAGCGCGCGUUUGUGCAGGAGGGAACUUUUCGAUCACUCCUCGGGGACCCAGGGCGCCCCUAGAGACGGCUCUAGGACACAGGACCUAGUGGAGGGAAACGGAGACGGUGGCAGUGGACGGUGGCGGCAGCAGCAUCUCUGGAUCGGUCGCUCUCCAGGCUCCUGGGCUGCGGGACUGAGUGAUUCGGAGGAGCGCGGGUAGCGGUGGGGCGCUGGGGCCGCCCCUUUCCCGCAGGGGGCGGCGCAGGACUUCGAGUGGAGGCCGGGACGCGAGCGGUUCUGUCUGGAGGACGCGACCUCCCGGAGCCGCGGGGCGGCAGGACCUGGGAAACGGAUCUCUGAAACGCUCGGGGCGCUGGCGGUGCGAUCCCGGGCAUCCUGAUCGGUGGCCCCAGGCUCCGCCGCCCCAGCUGCGUCUCUCUCCUGGCCAGAAGUUUGCCACGCGCCGGCCAAGUUGGAGAGUCUGGAAGCUCCAGGAAGAAGCUCCCCUCUUCUGGCUCCUGCGGUUCCAGGCAUGGCCGGGCCGAGGGCUUCACCCUACUUGUGCUGGUGGCUGAUUCUCGGCAGCUGUCUUCUCGCCCAAGCCCAGCUGGAUUCUGAUGGCACCGUUACCAUUGAGGAGCAGAUCAUCCUGGUUAUGAAAGCGAAAGUGCAAUGUGAGCUCAACAUCACAGCCCAGCUCCAGGAGGGAGCUCAUCAUGACAGAUGUAUGUGGUGGAGCAAAGCUAUUCAACUCACGGCUGGACAUGAAAGGAAGAAAGAGGACAGGAUGGAGAUCCCACUCUCCUUCAAAGGCACAUCCCCAAUGACCCGAGGACUUCCCACUAGGCCCUGCCUCUUCACAUUUCUCCCGUUUUCCAAAGGUAAUUGUUUCCCAGAAUGGGAUGGACUCAUUUGUUGGCCCAGAGGAACAGUGGGGAAAAUAUCAGCUGUCCCAUGCCCUCCUUAUAUUUAUGACUUCAAUCAUAAAGGAACCGCCUUCCGACACUGCACUCCCAACGGAACAUGGGAUUUUAUUCACAGCUCAAAUAAAACAUGGGCUAAUUAUUCAGAUUGCUUUCUGCAACCAGAUAUCAGCAUAGGAAAGCAGGAGUUCUUCAAAAGCCUCCACAUCUUGUACACCGUGGGCUACUCCAUUUCCUUGGGUUCCUUGGCUGUGGCCAUCCUCAUCAUCGGUUACUUCAGACGAUUGCAUUGCACUAGGAACUAUAUCCACCUGCACUUAUUUGUGUCUUUCAUGCUGAGAGCUAUAAGCAUUUUUGUCAAGGACAGAGUAGCCCAGGCUCACCUGGGAGUAGAAGAGCUGCAGUCCCUGAUAAUGCAGGAUGACCUACACAAUUCCAUUGGAGCACCUUCUGUGGACAAAUCACAAUAUAUCGGGUGCAAGAUUGCUGUUGUGAUGUUUAUUUACUUCUUGGCAACAAACUACUAUUGGAUCCUCGUGGAAGGUCUCUACCUGCAUAAUUUAAUCUUUGUGUCUUUCUUUUCGGACACCAAAUACCUGUGGGGCUUCAUCUUGAUUGGCUGGGGGUUUCCAGUGGCAUUUGUUGUGGCCUGGGCUGUGGUGCGAGCAACUCUGGCUGAUGCCAGGUGCUGGGAACUUAGUGCAGGAGACAGGUGGAUUUAUCAAGCUCCAAUCUUAGCGGCUAUUGGGCUUAAUUUUAUUCUGUUUCUGAACACUGUUAGAGUUCUGGCUACUAAAAUUUGGGAGACCAAUGCAGUCGGGCAUGACAUGAGAAAACAAUACAGGAAACUUGCCAAGUCCACGCUGGUCCUGGUGCUGGUCUUUGGAGUGCACUACAUCGUGUUCAUCUGCCAGCCCCACUCCUUCACAGGGCUCUGGUGGGAGAUCCGCAUGCACUGUGAGCUCUUCUUCAACUCCUUCCAGGGUUUCUUUGUGUCCAUCAUCUACUGCUACUGCAAUGGAGAGAUUGAGAAGGUGGCAGUCCCACUCCAAGCUGAGGACCUCCCUGCCAUUCCUCAGUCGAGAGUCAUUAAAGAGGUUCAGGGUGAGGUGAAGAAGAUGUGGAGUCGGUGGAAUCUGUCCAUGGACUGGAAAAGGACGCCACCAUGUGGCAGCCACAGAUACGGCUCCGUGCUCACCACUGUGACUCACAGCACCAGCAGCCAUUCCCAGGUGGCUGCCAGCACUCGCCUGGUGCUCCUCUCUGGCAAAACCGCCAAGACAGCCAACCAACAGCCUGACAGCCAUGUAACUUUACCUGGCUAUGUGUGGAGUAACUCGGACCAGGACUGCCUGCCACACUGCAUCCAAGAGGAGACUAAGGAAGGUAUUGAGAGGCAGGCAGAUGAUAUUCCAGCGGAGUCUUCCAGGCCAAUGGAAUUUAGUCUAGUCACAGAAGUACGCCAAGGAGAAACCAAGGAUGUUUUCUGAGUCAACGAUUGUGGCAGCUGGGCAUGGUGGCGCAUGCCUAUAAUCCCAGCAGCUCAGGAGGCUGAUGCAGGAGGAUCAUGAGUUCAAGGUCAACCUCAAAAAAGUGAGGCUUGCUAAGCAACUCAGUGAGACCCUGUCGCUAAAUAAAAUACAAAAUAGAUCUGGGGAUGUGGUUCAGUGGCCGAGUGGCCCUGAGUUAGAUCCCUGGUACAACCCCCAACAAAAUUCCUCUGCCUGAGCCUGAGAUGAAAAGUUCAGGUUAAGGUGUUACUUAAUGCUUUCAGGCUCUGUAAGGUGUCUCCCAUGGGCACAAAGAGGAAGUGCCAGGGAGGUAGUUACUUUGUUUUGCCAUCAAAUUCUUUUCUAAAUUAAUGUGUGGUACUUGCCCUGUAGUUGUUCAUUUUUUCUGCUACAUUUACAUAGAAAAGGUUUCAAUUGCUUGGCACUAGCUUUCUCUCAUAAAUAUCACCCUAAAUAUGAUAGAGAUCAUUUGAUGUGUAUCAUUAUUUUCCUUGUGAGAAAUUAGUACUCUCUUUUCUCUUUCUCACUUUAUUGUACUUCUGUCAUUACAUUUGUUCCCCCUGUGCAUGGGAGCAUCUAGGAUCUGAAAAAUGCAUGUUGAAAGAUUAAAGAUCUAAGAACAUGUAUGCACUGGAAAUUUAGUUGGCUGGACAUGGGCCAAAUAAUAAAUUUAUAACAGUUAUGAUGAUUCUUUCCUAGAAACAAGGGAAGUUGUCCCAAAAUGAAUAUUUCACAUAUCCCUUCUUUUGAAUAUGCUCCUCAUGACCAGCCAAACCUCAGGCCUUCCCUUCUCUUUCUUUGUAAACCACAACAUAUCAAGGGUUUUGCUCAUCUGUAAACUUGGGUCUGCAAACUGGUUUUGUUUGUACUUACUUAUGUUAGUAAAUUACACUGCAUCUAUAUCUUUUUAUUUUUUCUUCUAUUACAGGUGGCAUUUUGGAUAAAUUAAAAGUUUGUUUUAAAAAUG